AAGAUGGCGGCUCCCACAAUUGUGGUGUGAGCGCCGGCGGGGCUGGGACAACCGCGGUGCUUGUGGCUCCUUUCCACCCGCCCCGGAAGCCGGCCAGUGCAGGGGACUUGGGGGGUGUGGGAACCGGGCCGGGGCUCCGCCAUUUCCGGCGGGGGAGGGCUACGACUGAGGAAGGGAGGAGAGAGAGGCGGCUCAAGAUGGCGGCUCCCAGGGCCUCCCGCCCGAGCUUGUAAGCGGGAGCGCCCGAGCGAGUAGUCAGGGCGGCGGGACUUGGCGGCCUCCAGCUUCUCGGGGCUAGGCGCUCGAAAGUUUCGGGAGGCUCUUGAAGAGACGCGGUGAGCUAGAAGAAGGGGAAGAGCCGAAGGGAAGGAGGGUAGUUAAGAUGGCGGCCUCCAUGGAGCCGUCCACCGCUGUGUGAGGAACCGCUUCUCCGUUGAGAGCUACCUUAGACGAAAGGGGGUGUGUGAGAGAGGAAUUGGGGGGUUCCCUUCCCGCUUGGUGACUUUUUCCCACUGCGGCCUUUCCCGGAACUAUGGCUUCGGCCGUGUCGCCCGCCAACUCGCCAGCGGUUCUCCUGCAGCCCCGCUGGAAGCGAGUGGUGGGCUGGUCGGGUCCAGUGCCCCGGCCCCGCCACGGCCACCGAGCCGUGGCCAUCAAGGAACUCAUCGUGGUGUUUGGCGGCGGGAACGAGGGGAUAGUGGACGAACUGCACGUGUACAACACGGCGACUAACCAGUGGUUCAUCCCAGCCGUGAGAGGGGACAUUCCCCCCGGGUGUGCAGCCUAUGGCUUCGUGUGUGAUGGGACUCGCCUGCUGGUGUUUGGUGGGAUGGUGGAGUAUGGGAAAUACAGCAAUGACCUCUAUGAGCUUCAGGCAAGCCGGUGGGAAUGGAAGAGACUCAAAGCAAAGACGCCCAAAAACGGACCCCCUCCAUGUCCUCGGCUUGGGCACAGCUUCUCCCUUGUGGGCAACAAGUGCUACCUGUUUGGGGGUCUGGCCAACGAUAGUGAGGACCCCAAGAACAACAUUCCGAGGUAUCUGAAUGACUUAUACAUCCUGGAAUUGCGGCCAGGCUCCGGAGUGGUAGCCUGGGACAUCCCCAUCACUUAUGGCGUCCUGCCUCCACCCCGGGAGUCACAUACUGCUGUGGUCUACACUGAGAAAGACAAUAAGAAGUCCAAGCUGGUGAUCUACGGAGGGAUGAGUGGCUGCAGACUGGGGGACCUCUGGACCCUGGACAUUGAGACUCUGACGUGGAAUAAGCCCAGUCUCAGCGGGGUGGCACCUCUUCCUCGAAGUCUUCACUCAGCCACAACCAUAGGAAACAAAAUGUACGUGUUUGGUGGCUGGGUGCCUCUCGUCAUGGAUGACGUCAAAGUGGCCACACACGAGAAGGAGUGGAAGUGUACCAACACACUGGCUUGUCUCAACCUGGAUACCAUGGCCUGGGAGACCAUCCUGAUGGACACGCUGGAGGACAAUAUUCCUCGGGCCCGAGCUGGCCACUGUGCCGUAGCCAUCAAUACCCGCCUAUACAUAUGGAGUGGGCGCGACGGCUACCGAAAGGCCUGGAACAACCAGGUCUGCUGCAAGGACCUCUGGUACCUGGAGACAGAAAAGCCACCGCCCCCGGCCCGGGUACAGCUGGUACGAGCCAACACCAACUCCCUGGAGGUGAGCUGGGGGGCAGUGGCGACAGCCGACAGUUACCUUCUGCAGCUCCAGAAAUAUGACAUUCCUGCCACGGCUGCUACUGCCACCUCCCCCACACCCAAUCCAGUCCCGUCUGUGCCUGCCAACCCUCCCAAGAGCCCUGCCCCAGCAGCAGCCGCACCUGCUGUGCAGCCGCUGACCCAAGUAGGCAUCACGCUCCUGCCCCAGGCUGCCACCGCACCCCCGACCACCACCACCAUCCAGGUCUUGCCGACAGUGCCUGGCAGCUCGAUUUCCGUGCCCACUGCAGCCAGGACUCAAGGUGUUCCCGCUGUUCUCAAAGUCACCGGUCCUCAGGCAACUACAGGAACCCCAUUGGUCACCAUGAGACCUGCCAGCCAGGCUGGGAAAGCCCCCGUCACCGUGACCUCCCUUCCUGCAGGCGUGCGAAUGGUUGUGCCAACGCAGAGUGCCCAGGGGACGGUGAUUGGCAGCAGCCCACAGAUGAGCGGCAUGGCCGCACUGGCGGCCGCGGCGGCCGCCACACAGAAGAUCCCUCCUUCCUCGGCGCCCACGGUGCUGAGUGUCCCAGCAGGCACCACCAUCGUCAAAACCGUGGCCGUGACGCCUGGCACCACCACCCUCCCGGCUACCGUAAAGGUGGCCUCCUCGCCGGUCAUGGUGAGCAACCCAGCCACUCGAAUGCUGAAGACUGCAGCUGCCCAGGUGGGGACAUCAGUCUCCUCUGCUGCCAACACAUCCACCCGCCCCAUCAUCACAGUCCACAAGUCAGGGACUGUGACAGUGGCCCAGCAAGCCCAGGUGGUGACCACAGUGGUGGGUGGAGUCACCAAGACCAUCACCCUGGUGAAGAGCCCCAUCUCUGUCCCAGGAGGCAGUGCUCUGAUUUCCAACCUGGGCAAAGUGAUGUCAGUGGUUCAGACCAAACCGGUUCAGACUUCGGCAGUCACGGGCCAGGCAUCUACAGGCCCAGUGACUCAGAUCAUCCAGACCAAAGGGCCCCUGCCGGCCGGGACCAUCCUGAAGCUAGUGACCUCCGCAGAUGGCAAGCCCACCACCAUCAUCACUACCACGCAGGCCAGCGGGGCUGGGACUAAGCCCACCAUCCUGGGCAUCAGCAGCGUGUCCCCGAGCACCACCAAGCCUGGCACGACCACCAUUAUCAAGACCAUCCCCAUGUCGGCCAUCAUCACACAGGCUGGCGCCACAGGUGUGACCAGCAGUCCUGGCAUCAAGUCCCCCAUCACCAUUAUCACCACCAAGGUGAUGACUUCGGGAACGGGAGCACCUGCCAAAAUCAUCACAGCUGUCCCUAAAAUCGCCACUGGCCACGGGCAGCAAGGAGUGACUCAGGUGGUGCUAAAGGGGGCCCCUGGACAGCCGGGCACCAUCCUCCGUACCGUGCCCAUGGGGGGUGUCCGCCUGGUCACUCCUGUCACAGUCUCUGCCGUCAAGCCAGCUGUCACCACCUUGGUUGUGAAGGGCACCACAGGUGUCACAACCCUCGGCACAGUGACAGGCACCGUUUCCACCAGCCUUGCCGGAGCUGGGGGCCACAGUACCAGCGCCUCCCUGGCCACACCCAUCACCACCUUGGGCACCAUCGCCACCCUCUCUAGCCAAGUGAUCAACCCCACUGCCAUCACCGUGUCAGCCGCACAGACCACACUGACGGCGGCCGGCGGGCUCACCACCCCCACCAUUACCAUGCAGCCUGUCUCCCAGCCUACCCAGGUGACUCUCAUCACGGCACCCAGUGGCGUCGAGGCCCAGCCCGUGCAUGACCUCCCCGUGUCCAUUCUGGCCUCGCCUACUACAGAACAGCCCACGGCCACGGUCACCAUUGCUGACUCGGGCCAGGGGGAGGUGCAACCGGGCACCGUGACGUUGGUGUGCUCCAACCCCCCCUGCGAGACGCACGAGACGGGCACCACCAACACGGCCACCACCACCGUUGUGGCCAACCUCGGGGGGCAGCCCCAGGCCGCCCAAGUGCAGUUCGUCUGUGACAAGCAGGAGGCGGCUGCUUCUCUCGUGACCUCGACAGUAGGGCAGCAGAACGGCAGCGUGGUUCGCGUCUGCUCCAACCCACCCUGCGAGACACACGAGACGGGCACCACCAACACGGCCACCACCGCCACGUCCAACAUGGCCGGGCAGCGCCCCUGCUCCAACCCGCCCCGCGAGACCCACGAGACCGGCACCACCAGCACGGCCACCACUGCCGUGGCCGGCCAGCAGCGAGAUGCCCGGCGCGCCUGCGUGGCUGGCCCCGCGCCUGCCGUGGUGCGGGUCAGCGUGGCUGCCGGGGCGUUGGAGGGGGCCCAGGGUCCCGGGAAGCCCUUGUGCCAAACUCGCCAGACCAGCGUGACCAGCACCACCAUGACUGUGAUGGCCACCGGGGCGGCCCCGUGCGCGGCUGGCCCCCUCCUCGGGCCGGGCCUGGCGGUGGGGGCCGGCAGCCGCGGUGGCACUACUUUCGUGCAGCUGGCUCCCGUGAGCGGCCAGCUCAGACCCGGUGUCCUCGGAGGCAAGGAUGGCCCCGUGGCCCAUCACACCCACACAACCAACACCCCCACCACGGUCCGCUCCGCCAUGGGUGCCGGGGAUCCCGGCGAGGCACGGGGGACCCCCACGCCCACGUACGAGAGCUCGCCUGGCACCACCGUGACUGUGACGGCCCUGGAGGCGCUGCUGUGCCCCUCGGCCUCCGUGAGCCAAGUCUGCUCCAACCCGCCCUGCGAGACCCACGAGACGGGCACCACCAACACCGCCACUACCUCGAACGCGGGCAGCGCCCAGCGGGUGUGCUCCAACCCACCCUGCGAGACCCACGAGACGGGCACCACGCACACACCCACCACAGCCACCUCCAGUGGGGGUGCGGGCCAGCCUGAGGGAGGGCAGCAGCCCCCUGCCGGCCGCCCCUGUGAGACACACCAGACCACUUCCACUGGUACCACCAUGUCAGUCAGUGUGGGCGCCCUGCUCCCCGAUACCGUUCCCUCCCACAGGACCCUAGAGUCCGGCCUGGAGGUGGCAGCACCGGCCACCGUCACCCCCCAGGCCGGUGCUUCGUUGCUGGCUCCUUUCCCGACACAGAGGGUCUGUUCCAACCCCCCCUGUGAGACGCACGAGACCGGGACCACGCACACGGCCACCACCGUCACCUCCAACAUGAGCUCGAACCAAGAUCCCCCACCAGCUGCCAGUGACCAAGGAGAGGUGGAGAGCACCCAGGGUGACAGCGUGAACAUCACCAGCUCCAGUGCCGUUACAACAACCGUGUCCUCUACGCUGACGCGGGCUGUGACCACUGUGACACAGUCCACGCCGGUCCCAGGCCCCUCGGUGCCGCCCCCAGAGGAACUCCAGGCCUCGCCAGGGCCUCGCCAGCAGCUGCCGCCACGGCAACUCCUGCAGCCCGCCUCCACACCCCUGAUGGGGGAGUCCGCCGAGGUCCUGUCAGCCUCCCAGACCCCUGAGCUCCAAGCCGCCGUGGAUCUGAGCAGUACAGGGGACCCGUCUUCGGGCCAGGAGCCUGCCAGCUCAGCCGUGGUGGCCACUGUGGUGGUCCAGCCGCCCCCGCCCACACAGUCUGAAGUAGACCAGUUGUCCCUUCCCCAGGAGCUGAUGGCUGAGGCCCAGGCGGGCACCACCACCCUCAUGGUGACGGGGCUCACCCCUGAGGAGCUGGCGGUAACUGCUGCUGCCGAAGCGGCCGCUCAGGCCGCAGCCACGGAGGAGGCCCAAGCCCUGGCCAUCCAGGCGGUGCUCCAGGCUGCACAGCAGGCCGUCAUGGGCACCGGGGAGCCCAUGGACACAGCCGAGGCAGCGGCGGCUGUGACGCAGGCGGAGCUAGGCCACCUGUCGGCCGAGGGCCAGGAGGGCCAGGCCACCACCAUCCCCAUCGUGCUGACGCAGCAGGAGCUGGCGGCCCUGGUCCAGCAGCAGCAGCAGCUGCAGGAGGCACAGGCCCAGCAGCAGCACCACCACCUCCCCACCGAGGCCUUGGCCCCUGCCGACAGCCUCAACGACCCGACCAUCGAGAGCAACUGUCUCAGUGAGCUGGCCGCGGCCGUCCCCAGCACCGUGGCCCUGCUGCCCUCCACGGCCACCGAGAGCUUGGCUCCGUCCAACACGUUUGUGGCCCCCCAGCCGGUGGUGGUAGCCAGCCCCGCAAAGCUGCAGGCUGCGGCUACCCUGACUGAAGUGGCCAAUGGCAUCGAGUCCCUGGGUGUGAAGCCAGACCUACCGCCCCCGCCCAGCAAAGCGCCUGUGAAGAAGGAGAACCAGUGGUUUGAUGUGGGGGUCAUUAAGGGUACCAAUGUAAUGGUGACACAUUAUUUCCUGCCACCAGAUGAUGCUGUUCCUUCUGACGAUGACUCGGGCACCGUCCCCGACUACAACCAGCUGAAGAAGCAGGAGCUGCAGCCGGGCACAGCCUAUAAGUUCCGAGUUGCUGGGAUCAACGCCUGCGGCCGGGGGCCCUUCAGCGAGAUCUCAGCCUUUAAGACCUGUCUGCCUGGUUUCCCAGGGGCCCCCUGUGCCAUUAAGAUCAGCAAAAGUCCAGAUGGUGCUCACCUCACCUGGGAGCCACCGUCUGUGACCUCCGGCAAAAUCAUCGAAUACUCGGUGUACCUGGCCAUCCAGAGCUCGCAGGCCGGUGGCGAGCCCAAGAGUUCCACCCCGGCCCAGCUGGCCUUCAUGCGGGUGUACUGUGGGCCCAGCCCCUCCUGCCUGGUGCAAUCCUCCAGCCUCUCCAACGCCCACAUCGACUACACCACCAAGCCCGCCAUCAUUUUCCGCAUCGCCGCCCGCAAUGAGAAGGGCUAUGGCCCGGCCACCCAAGUGAGGUGGUUGCAAGAAACCAGUAAAGACAGCUCUGGCGCCAAGCCAGCCAGCAAGCGGCCCAUGUCCUCUCCGGAAAUGAAAUCCGCUCCAAAGAAAUCUAAGGCAGAUGGUCAGUGAGAGGCAGCUCCCCUGCACCUGGAUUCUUCGCCAGACACCCCCCACCCCCACCCCCCCCCGCUUCAGGAACGCCACCUGCCAGGGCCCACCCAUCCUACCCACCCGGCGCUCACACUUCACCCUCAGGAGCCACUGGCCGCCGCCACUCAUUCUCUCUCCCUCUCUGUUUUUGAAAUAAUCUCAAGAAAGCACAUUUUACC